AUGCCGCUCUUCAAAUUGACAUCGAAAAGGAUCCAAAAGAGACAGAGGGAGGACGAGCUGGGUAUUACAGAGUUGAAGGCCAAGAUGAGGGAAGCGGGGGAGGACGUGCCGGAUAGUGAGGAUGAGCUGAGUGGGGAGGAUUCGGAUGAGGAGGAUGGAUCGGAUGAUGAGGGGGAGGAGGAGGAGGAGGAUGAAGAUGAAGAUGAGGAGGGAGGCUCUGAUGCUGAAGGAUCCGAAUCUGGUCUCAAAAGGAAACGUUCCGGAUCCGAAUCAUCCCUGGGCUCUGAAGAGGAAGAAUACGACGACGAAGAAGACAGACUAGACCUCACCCCCGAAGAAGCCCUCCAAACGCCCAUCUACGCUUUCGCCCCUCCCCCUUCUUCCUCGGACGAUGAAGACGUGGAAGGCAAAGACAAGGAGGAAAGUGAUGAAGAGGUGGAUGAUAGUAAGAUGCAGAAGCUGUGUGCGCUUUGUCCGGGGAAGGUCAUGAAGAAUGAGCAUAUGGUGGAGAUGCAUUUGGCUUCUAAUGCGCACAAACGAUCUGCUAAGCGGUACGAAGCCCACCUCGACGCGCACAACCCUUCACCCGAUACCGACCCCCGCACCAUCGCCCUCUCCCUCCUCCCCUCCCACUCUGCACCUGCCCCCAAGGCCGAGAAGACAGAGAAGAAGAAGAAGAAGUCGGUAUCGAAGAAAGACCGGCUCACAGCGCGUCUCGCCAAAGCCCAACAAUCCGUCUCGACGACGCUGGAGCAACAGCCAGAGAAGUUGGAUGCGGAAAAGUUGAAAGAGGUGGUGGAGGGGAAGGGGCUGAAUAGGAAGGCGAAGAGGGCGUUGGUGGCGAGGUUGAAGGAGGAGGGGAGGUUGGUUGUGGGUUUGGGGGAGGUGGGGGAGAAGGGGGAGAAGAAGGAGAAGCCGACGGCGAAGAAGGCUAAGAAGGAUUAG